ACAGAAACAGAACCAGUGGCAUGGACAGGCUCUGGCUGUAUGAAAUAAUGCAGUCUACUUCUGUAUAUCCAUUCAUCGGUGUUUGAAGGAUGAGAAUAUGUUGAAGAAUAAAAGUGCCAAGGCGUUUGUGCGCAGCCGCAGUAGGACUUUACGCACGGAUGAAGUUUGAACAAACCCCUUUUAUCCAUUUUAAAACCUGGAACAGUUUGUUUUCUGUGAGCAUGUUUCACCAAAGCUGUCCGUUUGUCAGCAUACUGACUCAUCUGCAUGUUCACUUUCAUAAACGACUGGUCAAAAUGUCAAUAAAGAACCUGUCAGACCAAAGCAAGAGACGCACCACGAUCCGGAUCAGUGCAGACCAGGACCCAGACCUGGACCCAGACCUGGACCCAGACCUGAGCAGGACUGGAGGAGCAGAUGCAGAACCAUGUGGGAACCGGCUGACAGAGGAGGAGAAGACCAUCCACAGAGUCCACAGAGAGGCGUGUGAGGCUAAGAAGCAGAUGUAUGUGGACCCUUCCAGCGGGUACAAGGUGUUCACAGAGUAUGCCCACCUUCACAGAGGGAAGUGCUGUGGCAGCGCAUGCAGACAUUGUCCAUAUGGCCAAGUCAACGUCAAGGACCCCGCAAAGAAGAAAAAGUUUAAUUCUCUAUUUUACAUAUAAGCCUGUGCCGAUGGAUUCAGAUUCCGAAUGGAACCCGUCACAUGUUGCUUGACUUGUGCCUGUCGUUAUUUGGAUACUUUGAGACUCAUAUUUUUUUAGCAUUGUACUAAAUGAUGAAAUACGGGUAGUGUCUGUGCAAUACCUACCUCCAGUGAAUCACAACUAUUCUUUGGAUUAUUUUCUUUCUCAUGAGUUGGUGAAGACGGACGAAGGGAUUUGUUCACCACAACCUCGCGUAAAAUAAUCCUUUUUGUUUUUGUUGUAUUUUUUUAGACAUUUUUUCAGACUCAAACGCCCAAUGAAAUGCCUUGAGCUUGAUUUUUUUUUUUUCUUUUUUUUUUUUCGUUUUGUCUUUAAGAGUAUUAAAUAUAUUGUGGUGUUUUGCUCCUCUGAUGCAUUUACAAGGGUUGUGGGAGUAUGGAGAUGAAAACUGAAAGUGCAUUUUAGAUCUUCGCCCUCAAGAUAAAGGGCAUAUAAGCGAAAGUAACUGCAGAUAGUCAGAUGAAGUCUUGUGCUCUUUUGCUUUGCAUCUCUUGUUAUUUCUUCUCCCAAAUGUACAACUGCAUGAAUAUUAUCAUCAUUUACACUCCACAAGUGCCUGACUGAACUGUCUACCUUUGACUGAAAUACUGUGCUGUUAAAAAUAGGCAGGGGCCAAGGGUCAGCCCUCACACUUGGCUGCGCUGCUGUUACACCACUUGAUGGAAUCAGGCUGUUAACAAACAUGCCAUGGACAUCAACAGCCCCCCCCCCCCCCCCCCCCCCCCCCACACACACACACACACACACCCUCCCUCCCUCCCUCCCCACCACCCACUGGACUCCCAGCUCAGCCUCCUGGCAACACUUGGCUACAACCGAGCUCCCUGCGGCUGCUCUCCUGAGCUGCAGCCUAAUGAACUCCUGGGCCCUCUUAUCCCAGCACUGCAAAAGAUCAGCCCAUGUUCGCCGGCGCAGGCCUGCACGGACGCACACAUGCAUGGGCAGGCUAUCAGAACGCACUCCCAGCAGGCCCAUGCACCAGCAAAGGUUGCACUAAAUAACGCACUUUGUAGCCCACGGUAAUGGUACAAGGUAAAAUCAGGCGUGCACCACUACCUGUGUACCGCUGCAUAAAUGAGUCAGUUCCAAGGUUUUAAUAGUUUUAGAUUCUUACCUCCUCCAGGAGGUAUUGUGAUCACUUUGCUUUGUGUGUUUGUUUGUUUGUGUGUUUGU